UUAUUUGACAAAAUUCUUAAUAUAGAUGGUAAAUAUGCUAUGCAUAAAGCAUUGGAUUAUGUACCUUCAGAUAUUUUUCAAGUAUGGAAAACUGAUGUGAAGAUAUUGAAUAUAUUAAGCGAAGACGACAUGUGUAGUCCGAAGGAAUGUAUCCGAAUGUUGAAAGAUUUAUAUCCUAUAGAGAAGACAGAUAAUUGUAUUGUUGCAUCUUACCGAGGGGCGGGGCAUCUCGUGGAACCGCCUUACACGCCGCUCUGUGACAUGUCUUAUCAUAAAUCAUUUGAUAUGUUUUUCUGGUGGGGUGGUCAACCAGAACCUCAUGCUGUGGCACAAGAAGAUUCUUGGAGAAGAAUUCUGAACUUUUUUCAUGAAGAGUUGCCAGUUGCAGCUUCUAAGCUUUAAAGAUGUGUCACUGAUAUAUAUCAGAACGUUAUGACAUACCAGUGUUGCCAGUAGCUGUUGCUAAGCUUUGAAGAUGUGUCACUGAUAUAUAUCAGAAAGUUAUGACAUACCAGUGUUGCCAGUAGCUGUUGCUAAGCUUUGAAGAUGUGUCACUGAUAUAUAUCAGAAAGU